AUUUUAAUUGCUCUUCCUACUGAUAACUGAGCCAGAGUGGUGAUGCUCCCAGAGGGAAGUUUCUGCAACCAUUAAGUCAACGAUCAUAUGAUUGUGAGCCAUGCCUUUAGUAAAGAGAAACAUCGAACCCCGGCACCUAUGCCGGGGAGCGCUGCCCGAAGGGAUUACCAGUGAGCUGGAAUGCGUAACCAACAGUACUCUUGCUGCUAUCAUACGCCAGCUAAGCAGUCUGAGCAAACAUGCUGAAGACAUAUUUGGUGAGUUGUUUAAUGAGGCUAACAACUUCUACAUCAGAGCAAAUUCUCUUCAAGACAGAAUUGAUCGCCUUGCUGUCAAAGUCACCCAGCUGGAUUCAACAGUGGAAGAGGUAUCACUACAGGAUAUCAACAUGAAGAAAGCCUUCAAAAGUUCUACAGUCCAAGACCAGCAGGUGGUUUCAAAGAACAGUAUUCCUAAUCCUGUUGCUGACAUUUAUAACCAGAGUGAUAAGCCACCUCCUCUGAACAUCCUGACACCGUACAGAGAUGAUAAGAAGGAUGGGCUGAAGUUCUAUACUGAUCCUUCCUACUUCUUUGACCUGUGGAAAGAGAAAAUGUUACAGGACACAGAAGACAAAAGGAAAGAGAAAAGACGUCAGAAGGAGCAAAAACGUAUAGACGGCACCACCCGUGAGGUGAAAAAGGUUAGAAAAGCCAGAAACAGGCGCCAGGAGUGGAAUAUGAUGGCAUAUGACAAAGAGCUUAGACCCGACAACAGGUUGUCUCAGAGUGUGUACCACGGAGCGUCUUCCGAGGGAUCCCUGUCCCCAGACACUAGGUCCCACGCGUCGGAUGUUACAGAUUACUCUUACCCGGCUACUCCCAACCAUUCUCUACACCCUCAGCCAGUGACCCCUUCCUACGCAGCUGGUGAUGCACCACCGCAUGGGCCCGCAAACCAGGCUCCAGAACAUGAGUACCGGCCCCCUUCUGCCUCAGCAAGGCACAUGGCCCUAAACAGACCUCAGCAGCCACCACCCCCGCCUCCCCCGCAGGCCCCUGAGGGGUCCCAGGCCUCUGCACCCAUGGCUCCAGCAGACUACGGGAUGCUCCCAGCGCAGAUCAUUGAGUAUUACAACCCGGCCGGCCCACCCCCUCCACCCCCUCCUCCCAUGAUUCCUUCUGCACAGACUGCUUUUGUCAGCCCUCUCCAGAUCCCCACUCAACCCUCCUUUCCCACAGCAGCCGGCUCCACCUACUCAGCCCCUCCACACCCUCCUGCCACCGGGCUCCUGGUCACAGCCCCACCACCUCCAGGCCCCCCACCUCCCCCGCCAGGCCCUCCUGGCCCUGGCUCUUCUCUGUCAUCCUCCCCAAUGCAUGGGCCCCCAGCGGCUGAGGCAAAGCGUCCGGAGCCCUCACAGCCACCAAUAAGUGACGCACGAAGUGACCUCCUUGCUGCUAUUCGAAUGGGAAUUCAGCUGAAGAAGGUGCAGGAGCAGCGUGAGCAAGAGGCCAAGCGCGAGCCCGUCGGGAACGACGUGGCCACCAUCCUGUCCAGGCGCAUCGCUGUGGAGUACAGCGAUUCUGACGACGACUCUGAGUUUGACGAGAACGACUGGUCCGACUGAGGCGGUGCUGGAAGCUCGCCACGUGCAGCAGGUGGGCAGCCUGGAGGGGGCUGGCCGCCAGCCGGGAGCCAUGCGUUUGAGGUGUGUGAAGAUGCUAAGAGGGCUGAGCACCCCAAUAGUGGUAUAUAAUCCCGUAGCUUAGCACCUUUUGUAUUAAUAACGUGAUAUUGCUUCUGCACAUCCAAAAAUCCUGGGUUUUUUCAGUAUUUACUGUGUAAUACUUAAGUGCCACUAAACAUAGCAAAUUGUGCUGACCUGAGGAAGUAUGCUGUAACUAUUGCAUUGUCCUGAAAACAGCAUUUUGCUUUCUUCUUGGCCAUGAAAGUAUCUAGUGCAGUUUGGGUUUAUUCUUAUUGAUCAUUAUAAUUCUGCAGACUUGCUGUGUGUUUGUGAAGCUGCCUGGUGUUAGGUCUUUGCAAGAUUAAUGACUGUCCAAGUGAUGUCUUCCAAUCAGUCAGUGAUAUUGUUUGUUUUUUUUUUUUCUUUUUAAAAUGUGUUUCAGAGGAAGUAGGUUCUAGAGGGAAAAGUUUAAUACCGAAGGAGAAUCAAAAUGUUUCUGCCUUCAGUUUCUUGGCUUGGAAGCCUCUGAGUGAAUGUGAAUGCUCUGUUGAAAAAUUAUACUGUCUUUGCACGCCCUUGUCAAAUAUGAAAUCGAAAGGCCCUUGUCAGGCAGGGUCCCCAGGGGCAUUCAUUUAGUAAAUGUUUGUCAAUGAUUUUUAUAAGAGGUUUCAGCAGCUCAGUAGUAAUGAAAAUGGAGAACAGGGUCUUUUCUCCUUCAGACCAUGGGGGAUGACACAGUAUUUGCCAGCCCUCACAGCUUGGGCACAGUCAGCUGGAACAGACGUGAGCAGCCCAGGCGCCUCAGCCGAGCCGGGCAGAGCCGCUGCGUGUGGGCUCGGAUGCCAAGGAGACCGCUCGCUUCAUUUCCUGGGAGCUGUGUCCUCAAUGAGACUUGUAGGAGUUCUGAGCUCCUCAGAGCACAACAGAGAGUGCUUUAGUCGGCACUUUGCUCCACUUGGUCUGAAGCUUAAAAGCUUAGGUUUGGCUGAAAGUAGACAUUGACGCCUUUCACUUUUCACGGUGCUGUGGCCAGAUUAGGGAUCAGUCCCAUGAGUAGGGCCUUGGCCCUGUCUUAGAAGCACACAGUUCCCUUUUCUCACACUGUCUUUGCACAUUCAAUGUGAAGCCCCCCACAGGACCUCGGUUAGACCUGUAGCCGCAGCAGAGCGCUCACUUCCACCUCUACUCUUCCUGUUGUUCUCCCCACAUGGUGAUACUAGAGACCUAUGGAGUUCAUUUCCUGGCUAAGACCACUCUUAGAAAACUCAAGGACGAAGUGACGUGUAAUUUUGGGUAAGGGUAACUUCACUCCAAAUAAAUAAAUGCCCUAGGCUUUGAUAUUAGCUAGGACUUCAUAAAAACGCCAAAACACUGUAAUUAUGGAGGUAUUCUAACCUAUUUACAGUAUUUCAAACAGAUUGCAAUUGUUAGUGACUCCCAGUUACGAUGAGAGGGAGACUCGCAAAGAAAAGAUGACAGGGUUGAUAGUAGGGACAUGGGCAGGACGGGUGACUACUGGGCUUUUGUUAGUGAGUUCCCAAGGAAACUGUCCAGCCUCCCAAGUCAUGUCUGUGGGUUUCCACAUGGACGCCGGUGUGGCUUCUGGCAUUAUCUAGCACCAAUCCGUUGGGCUUAGUCACACCGAUUUUAAAUUCUCAAAACCUACCAUCUACUUCCCCUUUCCAAGACCAUGCCGUGCUAUGUACCUGUCCUCUCAGCUCUACCAGCUGUUUUGGCACUUCUUAAACUCCUCUUCUUGAAGCUGCUCACCACUGGGCUGUCACUAACAUUUUCUUGAAUAUAAAUAAUAGUUACCAAUGAAUUUUUAAAUUUCUCUCUAAUUUUUCUUUUUCAGUGUA